UCUUUGAAGCUGGCGGGCUGGGCCCACACUCCAAUGGGUUUCAGACCUACCGACCGCGGAGAAAAAAAAAAGUCUGACUUGGGCUCAAGUCCAGAAACGGGGUUGAUGCCGCGACGCUUAGUAUGAGGGGGAGCGUUUGGCUUUUACAGUAACGUCGCUACUUUCCGGGUUUCCCCACUUUUAGCUCGUCGAAACUAGCGUGAGAUAGUGAUUGGACUUGACAAGCCCGCUGCGCUACUGUAUCCACCUCCCCCCCCUCCCAGUUCCACACAACCAGGAAAUCGUCGAGGUGUACUUCGAUUAUCCCGAGAGUUGCUACCCCGUUUGCGGGUGUAGAUGUGACUUUACCACCCCCUCCGACAUAUGUUUUAGUGUUGGUUCAGCUAGUUUGACUUUAAUCCGACGUCUUCAGAGCUCAAGUGAGUCCAAGUUGCCCGCGAGGAGAGGCGCUUCACCCCGGCCGAACAAUGAGUGAGUCGAGUAUCUGCCAGGCCCGGGCCACUGUGAUGAUCUACGAUGACAGCAAUAAGAAGUGGCUGCCAGCCGGUACUGGACCCCAGACCUUCAGCAGAGUCCAGAUCUAUCACAACCCUUCCAACAAUGCUUUCCGAAUAGUGGGACGCAAGAUGCAGACGGACCAGCAGGUGGUUAUAAACUGUCCUAUCGUGAGAGGGUUGAAAUACAACCAAGCCACACCUAACUUCCAUCAGUGGCGGGAUGCCCGGCAAGUGUGGGGGCUCAACUUUGGCAGCAAGGAGGACGCUGCUCUUUUUGCCAAUGGCAUGACACAUGCUCUGGAGGUGCUCAACUCCAUGGCAGAUGCAGGCUAUGCAACCCUUCCCCGGCCGAUGUCGAAUGGUCCAUCCCCUGAAGAGAUUGAGCAACAAAAGAGAUUGGAGCAGCAGAGGUUGGAACAGCAAGAGCGGGAACGACAGGAAAGAGAGCGUCAGGAGCGAGAGAGAUUGGAGAGAGAAAGACAAGCUUCAGCAGCAUCUAUUCCUCCUGCUCCGCCUAUGGCCCCCGGGGGCCUUGCUCCUCCACCAGCGCCUCCGCCACCGCCUGGACCUCCUCCAGCCAGUGGUGUUCCGCCACCUCCAGGACCCCCACCAUCUGGACCCCCAUCUGGAGGACCCCCAUCUGGAGGACCCCCAUCUGGAGGACCCCCACCUCCCCCGCCUCUGCCAUCUAAUGGAGUUAUCGGUGGAGGUAGUGGAGGAGGCGGGGGCUUGGCUGCGGCCCUGGCAGGAGCGAAACUUCGCAAAUUAUCAAAACAGGAAGAGGGAUCUGUUACUGCUCCAGUGGGCAGAGCAGACGCCAGCCGCAGCAGCAACUCCUCUAUUGGAGGAGGUGGUGACCUGAUGGGUGAGAUGAGUGCUAUCUUGGCCCGAAGGAGAAAAGCAGCUGACACUGGAGAGAAAGUACCUCUGAAGACACACGACAAUGAGGAUUCAGAGCCUCAAGGUCAAAGUGAGAUCACGAGAAGAGCCUGGGAGAAAUCGUCCACUAUGACCAGGAAUAACUCCAUUCCCAAGAGCAUGGACUCCACCUCCUCAUUGUCCCAAAGUUACAGGGCGAAGCCAGCAAACAACAGUAAUGACACAAGUGGAUUCGAAGACUCAGAUUUAGAAAAGAUGAAACAGGAAAUACUUGAGGAGGUGCGGAAAGAACUUCAUAAAGUAAAGGAGGAAAUCAUCAGAGCCUUUAUUCAGGAGCUGCAAAAGAGAAGCACAUAGUUUUGGUGCACGUCUGGUGUAGCAGAGGGAUGUGAUGGAUGGAGGCUUGCUGGGACCUUUCCACCACUGCAUCCUCUAAUGUAGCCCAGGGAUUUCUCAUUUUCUUUUUUUUUCUGUCUCCCACAAGCAUUGCUUUUGUGUCACCAUGCCUAGAUACUCUUCAUGUAAAUGGUAACCCAGGGAACCUGCUCAGGCCACCAUCCAACUUGUUCAAAUAUCACUCACUUGUGUGGUGAUGCUGUUUCUCCCUCAUUCAUUUGUCCUAUUCCAAGGUGUCCUCAACGUGAAUAAGUUGAAUUCACAGCUGCGGUCACAGUACUGACUUGUCGUUAUUGUUAAUCUUCAUAUCAGGAGUCUUUCUGCUAGUUGCGUCUUCUGACAGAUUCACUGAUCAAGCAGUAUUCAGGGAUAGAAGGUAUUUGCAACAUUUUUACUGUAAACAGCAAGAUGGUGGAAUGUUGGCAUUUGGCUACGACGCUUUCUUCUCAGCAACGCCUCAAAAACAGCCAUAAAUACAUCAAAUGUCUGCUGGUAGUUCGUAUUCUCUUAAUGGAAAUUGGAAGACAGAAAAUCAAUAAUUAGGGAGAGAGCAGAGAAGCAAACUCCCUGACUUCUGCGGUCUUUUUCUGCCACAAGGAUUUACAUCUCCCGGCACAGCACAAAGCCUUCACUGCUGCAGGAAGGAACGACGAGCAAAUGGAUGCCGAUGGACAACUGAAAUGCUGUGAACGAGAGAGUUGUUGUUUUAUAUUUUGAGAAAUGUAUUCUCUUUGCAUUGCACUUGUUCCAGAGUCAAGUGUGAGCAUGUGCCACACUGCCUUGACAACCCCCCCCCAGUCUAAAUGCAAUUUGUUGUUGGCCAGUGCAGUGGUCCUAAACUGUACUUCUGCGAGUUAUUUUCUUUCAUUCUUAGCUAUAUUUUCUACAUUUUUUUCUUUUUUUUUUUUUGAAAAACAUGGCCAUGAAUAGGUCAAUUAGUUUGGCCAUGACCAACUGCCUUGAGAAUGGAUAUAAAUAUAUAUAUGAAUAAAUAUAUUUGUUUUGAGGGAAAGUGUCAGCAAAUGAACAGUUUUUUUCUAUUUUAAUUAAAAUGACUGGUGAAUGGGGAUUUUGUUUUUUCCUUUUGAUUAUUGUUUUCUUAUGAGAUGUUAUUUUGGGUUCACGGCUUUUUCUAAUAAAAUCUAGGCUUUUUACACUGAAAUAUAAAGCAAAGAGCUUAGAGACACUGGAUUAGAAAUGCCUUUAUAGUCGAAUACAACUGCUUCUUGAAAUGCA